AUGGGUUACGAAAAACAUCUGGUGGGUCUUUCCAUCAAAGUUAAGAACUUCUUCGACAAGUUCCCUGAAAUUUACAAUGUCUACGUCGUGGUUAUGAUUUCUACCACUGCUGGUAUGAUGUUUGGUUUUGAUAUCUCUUCGAUGUCUGCCUUCAUUGGUACCACGCAAUACAAGAACUACUUUAAUUCUCCCGGCUCUGCUAUCCAAGGUUUCAUCACUUCUGCUAUGGCUCUUGGUUCUUUCUUUGGUUCUUUGGCUUGUACCUUUGUGUCCGAGCCUCUCGGAAGAAGAGCAUCUCUUUUCUUAUGUUCGUUCUUUUGGAUGGUUGGCGCUGCUAUUCAAUCCUCUUCUCAGAAUAGAGCACAGUUGAUCAUUGGUCGUAUUAUCAGUGGUCUUGGUGUUGGUUUUGGUUCCACCGUGGCCCCAGUUUACGGUUCGGAGUUGGCUCCUAGAAAGAUCAGAGGUUUCAUUGGUGGCUUGUUCCAAUAUUCUGUUACACUCGGUAUCUUGGUUAUGUUCUAUAUUUCUUACGGUUUACACUUUAUCGACGGUGUUGCUUCUUUCAGAAUCGCCUGGGGUUUGCAAAUUAUUGUUGGUCUCUUCUUAUUCUUCGGCGUGUUUAUUUUGCCAGAAUCUCCAAGAUGGUUGGCAGAACAUGACUUCUGGGAUGAGGCUGAAGAGAUUGUGGCCAAGAUUCAGGCUCACGGUGAUAAAACUGAUGCUGAUGUUAUGAUUGAAAUUUCAGAGAUUAAAGAACAGAUUCUUAUUGAUGAGGCUGCCAAGGAUGUUACCUACGCUACUCUUUUCAACAAGAAGUACUGUAUGAGAACUAUUACUGCCAUAUUUGCUCAGAUUUGGCAACAAUUGACUGGUAUGAAUGUUAUGAUGUACUAUAUCGUCUACAUUUUCGAGAUGGCUGGUUACACUGGUAACACCAACUUGGUUGCUUCCUCUAUUCAAUACGUUUUGAAUAUGGUGAUGACUAUUCCUGCCUUGUUCUUGUUGGAUAGGGUUGGAAGAAGACCUGUUUUGUUAACUGGUGCUGUUUUGAUGAUGAUCUUCCAAUUCGCUGUCGCCGGUAUUCUUGCUACCUAUUCCAAACCCGUUUCAUCUGUCGACGGUGAUACUACAGUCCGUAUUAGAAUUCCUGAUUCCAACAAAACUGCUGCCAGAGCUGUCAUUGCUAUGUGCUAUUUGUUUGUGUGCUCCUUCGCCUGUACUUGGGGUGUUGGUAUCUGGUUGUACUGCUCUGAGAUUUGGGGUGAGAACGCCAUCAGACAGAGAGGUGCCGCUUUGUCUACCGCUGCCAACUGGAUUCUUAACUUUGCCAUCGCUAUGUACACUCCUUCAUCUUUUGAGAACAUUACCUGGAAAACCUACUGCAUUUAUGCAACAUUCUGUGGAUGUAUGUUCUUCCAUGUUCUAUUCUUCUUCCCUGAGACUAAGGGUAAGCGUUUGGAAGAGAUCGCACAGAUUUGGGACGAGCAUAUUCCUGCCUGGAAGACCUCUAAAUGGGUUCCUUCCAUUCCAAUUGUUUCUGAAGAAGGAUUGGCAAAGAAGUUGGAGGUUCAACACGUUGAAAAUCCAUCAUCUUCCAACGAUAACGAUUCAGAGACUGCUGCUCAGGUCUGA